GCAAGAUGGAUUACUCAGUGGCGACUCCAUCCUAUGACAUUGAUUACAGUAUGGCGGAGCCCUGCCAGAAAAUCAACGUGAGGCAGAUAGCGGCCAGCCUCCUGCCCCCGCUCUACUCGCUGGUGUUCAUCUUUGGUUUCGUGGGCAACUUGCUGGUCGUCCUCAUCCUGAUAAACUGCAAAAAGCUGAAGAGCAUGACCGACAUCUACCUGCUCAACCUGGCCAUCUCCGACCUGCUUUUCCUCUUCACCAUCCCGUUCUGGGCUUACUAUGCAGCAGGCCAGUGGGACUUUGGAAAUAGAAUGUGUCAGUUUUUGACGGGACUCUAUCUUAUUGGCUUCUUCUCUGGAAUCUUCUUCAUCAUCCUCUUGACAAUGGAUAGGUACUUGGCUAUCGUCCAUGCCGUGUUUGCUUUAAAAGCCAGGACAGUCACCUUUGGGAUGAUGACAAGUGGGGUCACCUGGGUGGUGGCUGUGUUCGCCUCUCUCCCAGGAAUCAUCUUUACCAAAUCCCAAAAAGAAGGCUCUCGUUGUACAUGCAGCCCUCAUUACCCACCCAGCCAGUAUCAUUUCUGGAAGAAUUUCCAGGCAUUAAAGAUAGUCUUUUUGGGCCUGAUCCUGCCACUGCUUGUCAUGGUGAUCUGCUACUCGGGAAUCCUGAAGACCCUGCUUCGCUGUCGAAACGAGCAGAGGAGGCACAGAGCCGUGAGGCUCAUCUUCGUGAUCAUGAUCGUUUAUUUCCUUUUCUGGGCGCCCUACAGCAUCGUCCUUCUGCUCAACACCUUCCAGGCCUUCUUCGGCCUGAAUAACUGCAGUAGCUCUAAUAGGCUGGACCAAGCCAUGCAGGUGACAGAGACCCUCGGGAUGACGCACUGCUGUAUCAACCCCAUCAUCUACGCCUUCGUCGGGGAGAAGUUCAGACGGUACCUCUCCGUGUUUUUCCAAAAGCACAUCGCCAGACGCCUCUGCAAACACUGUCCCCUCUUUCAGCGAGAAGCUCCCGAGCGUGGAAGCUCCGUUUAUACUCGUUCCUCUGGGGAGCAGGAUAUCUCUGUUGUCUUGUGACUUGUUUUUCACACACAGACCGGGGUGGGAGGAAGUUACUGUCAUAGAGGGUCUAAGAUCCAUCCAUCUAUUUGGCAUCUGUUCUAAGUCCAGCAGAGUUGAAACUCAUAAAUUCUAGAAUGCCAAAUCAAAACAUGGAUGAAAUAGCCUUGUCAUCUCCCUUCCAUGUACAUCGACUCAUGGGCAA